AUGGACCACCUGGAUAGACCUGCCAAUCCCGUCAAAGAUCAGUUCAAGAUCGCAUUCGUGUGUCUGGCGCCAUACGAUGAAGGAGAGUUCUUCACUUACCCGUCCCGGCGUGGAUUUGACGAUAUGGGAGUGCUAGAGGGCGACUUUACGCGCAAGUCAGCCGAUGGCAAGGAUGAACCCGUUGGCAUCACUCUGGUGCAGUCGUUUCUCCAGUCGUGGCUCUUCUUUGGGCUUCUAUGCGAGGUGUACAGAGUUAUCGGACGGCCAUUCAAUCAACGCGACUACAUCUCUGAGGACUCGUUGCUGGUCAGAGGCGACGGCCGGGGAAGAGGCCUGACACGGAGAGUCAACACCAGCGCCUUGCCCGAGCUACUCGCCUUCUGGAUUGACUCGUUCAAGCAGAAGAGAGCGACAGGAGAGCUCUCAUUCGAAGACGUCCAGCGCCUGUGCAUGCGGAUCGACACGUAUCUGCAGACGGCCUACAAGAUGUGUUUCCGUCUGGUCCGGAGUCACCACAGCUAUGUGGACGAAGAUCUGCUCCUGUCCUUGAUGUGUCUCGGGAACACUAUCGACGAUGCCAUGGUGGUCGUCUACGACCGCUGCUUCUACGACUUCCUGCCCGUGCAACUGCGAGGCACUCAGAUUACUCCGCCGGGCUGGUCGCCCAUAAAGAGAAGAUGGGAUGCCCCCAAGACUGUUUUCAACGGGCUUCUUUUCUCUGGCUGGUGUCCCUUUGAUAUUGGCAUCUUGAAGCGAGACUUCGGCAUCAACGAAAUCAUCUACGCCUCGCAAUUGCGUCGGCACGGCAGUCUACAGCGCCACAUGGCGUGCAGCACGACCGCUUGCACCGCCAACAACAUUGACGAAUCGACAUACAAGACCCGGCAUGGGACGCUGGGCUCUGGCUGCAACGGCUCAAAUUGUGACGACGUGGAGUUCGACUAUGAGACCAUCUGCGAGACCAUCCGGUCCGGUCUCACGCCCAUUAUCAGGUCCGAGAUCAAUGCGCAUGGGGAGUUUGAGUUCAGCGUCGUCCCUUAUUUGGGUGAUGGAGAUUCUUAUGUUGCUAUCAGCCACGUAUGGGCUCACGGGAUGGGCAACACCAAAAGGAACACCUUACCAAGGUGCCAGCUCAAGUCACUCCACCAGCGUACUGUCGUUCUCUUGAGCAGCUUCAGUGCGAUUGAUGCUCCGCCAGUGCACGCCAACAUCCGAAACAGAAGAUUGAGCUAUUUCUGGCUCGACACGAUAUGUGUGCCGGUGCAGCCUGCCAAUGUCGACGUGCGGAAAAUGGCGAUCUCGCGAAUGGCCCAAGUGUACGAACAGGCACAUUCGGUCUUGGUUCUCGACGAAGGCCUGCUGUACACGUCACUCCGAACCGACGACAAGACAAUCACAACGGUGUCGUACAGGGGUCGCCGGGCUCCGCCGCCGGUCCGUCAGAAAGACCUGGUCAUGUCGGUCAUGUUCUCGGAUUGGUGGCGGCGACUGUGGACGCUCCAAGAAGGCGUCCUGCCGGACUACCUCUUCGUGGCCUUUGCCGACUGCUCGAUGCACCUGAGCCACGUCGUGCCCGCCGGGGCGGAAGAGCACGUCAUGAACCGCGCCGAUCUCUCCUCGGACAGAGUCAAAGAGGGGCUCACAGACCUGAUCGAGAAGUCACACCUCGCCAACGAGCGAGGAAUCAUCACCGUCGACAGGAAAGUCUCCAAGGAAAACAUGGAAUACCGGCGCCGUGUGCUCCGGCUCCUCUGCAACCGCGCGACCAGCCGAUCAAGCGACGAGCCCAUCUGCCUCGCCACGCUGAUGGGCCUGGACCCGCAAAUCCUCCUGGACACGGCCCCGAAAGACAGGAUGCAAAUGCUGUAUGCCUGCCUGGGCACGCUCCCCGCGGGCCUGGUCUUCCUGCCCGUGCCGAAGCUCGAGGCCGAGAAUUUCCGCUGGGCGCCCCGGUCCCUGAUCGGCGUCCCCAUCAGCCUGAUGACCACCCAAGUCCUGCUCUCCGAAGAAGACAGCGAAGCCGAAGUGACCGACGCGGGCAUCCGGCUCCACGCGGCGGGCUACCCGCUCGCCUCGCUCGACACGCCACUCAACGACAACUUCUACAUCUUCCCCGGUCCGCCAGGGCACAUCCCCCCCGAGGAGGACGAGGACCGCCUGACAAACGUCGACAAGAUCAGGGCAAGCCACGAGCAGGUCGUCGCCAUCGUGCACUACGACCAGACGGUGCAGGAUCAGUUCGGCGACGCCGCCACCGGAUUUGCAGUCGCGCCCUGGUCAUCCCUGAGCGAGCAAGAUCUCAUCGACCCCGUCGUCGUGCUGCCGCACCUGCGAAGAAUCGAGCGCGCAGCCCAGCAUCCGGGUAUCCUUGUCACGAAGGCCCAGCUGGUCGACGGGGUCUGGCACGCCCGGUUUUUAUGCAAUGUCUGGUGUCACCGCAACUCGAUGGCCAUGUGGGGGAACAAUCUGGCGUCCGAUCCGGGGACCGUCAAGCACAGGCUGACCGCCGAAAGGGCCGCGGUGGCGCAGGGUUCGCGGACGGGUAACAUGGCGUGGUUUCACGGGUCAGAGGUUCUCAGGGAUUGGUGUAUUUCUUAA